AUGUCAAAUCAAUAUACUUACAAUAAUUAUCAACAAUAUUCGCCUAACUUACCUCAUGCAUCUGCACUUGCCAACACAAGUCCAACUGCCAAUAUCUCCUACCUUUCACCACCUGGAUCAUCUAACAAUAGUUUGUCAAGUUCAGUAUCGAGUGUUAGUCAACCAAGUAGUACGAAUUCCAUGCUUGCGAAUAGUAACAUGCUUAGUGCUAAUUCAUCAAGUUAUUCAUUCCAUACUCCUAGAUUAAGAUAUUAUUUAUCUAAAUCAUUUGAUAUGGAAGAUGAUUUGGAAUUUUGCCCUGAUAUUCCUGAUACUUUCCAUUCAAGUCCAUCAUUAAAGAAAUUUAAUCCUUAUACUGCAACCACAUUCUCUCCAUCACAAGAUCAAACUUCACCAAAGAGUACUAACAGUACUACUGUUAGUGUUGGUAGUAAUACAUCACCAAGAGUACAUACUCCCAGAAUUAAGAAACCUUUGGAAAUCAUUAAUCCUCAAACUAAGAUGAGAAUCGAAUCACCUGCAAUUCAAAAUAAAUGA